AUGAAAAUCUCAAUCAUCUUGCUUCUGGUAGCUGCUGUUAGCGCUGCUCCUUUAGCUACCGGUAGCUCUGCCGACGCUGAUGAGGCCGUGGUCUAUCCAGCAAAGGUCGAUCAAUCAUGGGUUGAUGCCGAGGUUAAAGCACUAGGGUCUAUAGAGGACGCUGAUGAAGCCGUCGUUUACCCUGCUAAAGUCGAUCAGUCCUGGGUGGAUGCAGAGGCAUAA